AGGAAGAGAGUAAGUCAGCCGUUGGGAGGGGGAACCGGAAGCCGCUGUUGGUGUUUGUCAGUGUAUUUGUUUAGCAGUUGUUUAUCUGUCGCUGGUUUUUUGAGUUGUCGGUGGAUUGCGGCGGAAUUCCGGCUCGUCGGUGGUUCGCGGCGGCGUCUGGGAGCUGCUGGCUGUUCGGGUGUGGGUUCGGUGGCCCCUCCUGCUGUGCAGCCGUGAGCUGAACUUCCCGUUGCGGGAGACGGAGCGGGGGGGAAACGGGAAGCAGUGUGCGCAGGACGGGACGGAGCUCAACAGGACGGCGGUGAAAAACGACUCGUUUGUUUGAGUGGCUGGCGGAAAGCGCUAGAAUCCGCCAUUGCGGUGUGCUGUGUGUGUUUUGUCGGCGGCUCGACGCCAGUGACAGCGCGCCUGACUGCAGCGGAGCGGCUUUAAUGGCCCCGGCGCCUCGGUAGAGUCUCUGUUCCUCCCCCCGACGGAGGACCCUCGCUCGGAGUGACUCGGGCGCUGUCCUCACCGGGGGGUUGGGCUCUGUUCUGCUUGUUUUCCCCUCUUUGUUUUUAAGUGAACCCGCUUGUUGGACUCGGAGCCGCGGGCCGGGUCUCUCCAGCAGCAGCAGCAGUGAGGCUGUCCGACUCCGAGCCGCUGAAACAUGGCAGGAAACCUGAAGAAAGGCGGCGGCGGACUCAUCGGGAUGAUGAAGGACGCGUUUCAGCCUCACCAUCACCUCCAUCACUCCCAUCACCAGCCCGGAGCUGUGGACAAAAAGACGGUGGAGAAGUGCUGGAAGCUCAUGGAUAAGGUGGUGCGAUUAUGCCAGAAUCCGAAGCUGGCCCUCAAGAACAGCCCUCCAUACAUCCUGGACCUGCUACCUGACACCUACCAGCACCUUCGUACCAUCCUGUCACGCUAUGAAGGAAAGAUGGAGACUCUGGGCGACAACGAGUAUUUCCGUGUGUUCAUGGAGAACUUGACGAAGAAGACGAAGCAGACGAUUAGUUUGUUCAAAGAAGGCAAAGAACGCAUGUACGAGGAGAACUCGCAGCCGAGACGAAACCUGACCAAACUGUCACUAAUCUUCAGCCACAUGCUGGCCGAGCUCAAAGCCAUCUUUCCCAACGGGCUGUUCCAAGGGGAUAAUUUCAGGAUCACGAAGGCAGAUGCAGCAGAAUUCUGGAGGAGAUCAUUUGGAGACAAGACGAUCGUCCAGUGGAAGGUUUUUCGACAAGCACUGCACGAGUUUCAUCCAAUCAGCUCUGGUUUAGAGGCCAUGGCCCUCAAGUCGACAAUAGACCUCACCUGUAACGACUACAUCUCGGUGUUUGAGUUCGACAUCUUCACCAGGCUGUUUCAGCCAUGGUCGUCUCUGCUUCGGAACUGGAACAGCCUUGCAGUGACUCACCCAGGAUACAUGGCUUUUCUCACCUACGAUGAGGUCAAAGCUCGCCUGCAGAAGUUUAUCCACAAGCCUGGCAGCUACAUUUUCAGGCUGAGCUGCACACGCCUGGGCCAGUGGGCCAUCGGUUACGUGACUGCAGACGGGAAUAUCCUGCAAACCAUUCCCCACAACAAGCCUCUCUUCCAGGCUCUCAUCGAUGGCUUCCGGGAAGGAUUUUACCUGUUCCCUGAUGGCCGUACUCAGAACCCGGAUCUCACAGGGCUGUGCGAGCCCUCACCACAAGACCAUAUCAAAGUCACACAGGAGCAGUACGAGCUCUACUGCGAAAUGGGCUCGACUUUCCAGCUGUGCAAGAUCUGCGCUGAGAACGACAAGGAUGUGAAGAUUGAGCCUUGCGGCCACCUCAUGUGCACGUCUUGCCUCACUGCAUGGCAGGAAUCCGAGGGCCAGGGAUGUCCUUUCUGCCGCUGCGAAAUCAAGGGCACGGAGCCCAUUGUGGUUGACCCCUUCGACCCCAAGGACAACAGUGGAGGUUCCUAUGGGGGCUGCAGGAGCAUGUUCGGGGCAGAAGGGGCACCUUCGCCGAGCUACGAUGAUGAUGACGACGACCGACUGGAAGACCCCCACCUCAUGAUGAGCAAGCUGGCUUGUGCUAAAGUAGAGAGGCCUCCAUCCCCGUUGUCAAUGCCACCCCAAACAUCUUUACCUCCAGUACCUCCACGUCUAGACCUCAUCCCACACAGACCGCCGAACCCUCCAGGCGCCUCCAGUCCCGGGGCCACGUCGAAGGCUUCCGCACAUCACAAAGACAAGCCAUUGCCUCUGCCUCCAGCUCUGCGAGACCUGCCCCCUCCUCCUCCUCCAGAGCGGCCUCAUUCCGCUGGGGCCGAUGGUCGGAUCCUGAGACGGCCUCUACCCUGCACACCCGGAGAACCACCUCGUGAUAAACCACCUCCUACUCCGCCUAACCGCGGCGUGGCUGACUGGAACCUGCGCCCAGUCCCCAAAGCUCCCUCCCAGAUGCCUGCUGUCGGAGGAGAGACCCGUGGGUCACGAGAGCUCUCGAACCGGCACUCCCUUCCGCUCGCCCUGCCCUCGGCUCUUGAUGGCCAGCGGAACAGCAACUCUGCCGGUCUCGAGCAGCAGCUGUGUUUUGGUGCAACAGCCUCUGGAACUGAGUACGACAACCCAAAAGUGAAGCCGUCUGCAUCAGCCAAUGCCAUUUAUUCACUUGCAGCCAGCAGACCCCUUCCUGCAGUGAAGCAGUUCUCUGGCGAGGAUGGCUGUGAGAAUAAUGAUGAGGAUUCUGACUACAUGACUCCCAGCUCUCUGCCUGUGCUGGCCACCAUGACUCCUUCACUGGGGGAGGCAGUGCCCAGGCCUCACCACCCCAACAACCUUAACUCCAGGAGCCUGCUCGGUGAGCUUGACCCUGAAAGCCUGCAGAUGUAUGAAGCCAUGUACAACAUCCAGGCCCAGGCCCUCAGCGCCACUCUGCCUUAUCAAGCCAGUGAUUCAGACUACUCGGAGCUGCCUCCGACGGCGAGCAGCAACGGGCCGCAGCAGGCGGAGUGUGAAGAGGAGGAGGAGAACGGCUACGACAUUCCCAAACCGCCUCUCCCAAUCGCUCGACGCACACUCUCCGAGGCGAGCAACUCAUCCUCUAUGUUCAGCCGUCUGUCUGUGGACAGCGAGCUGGGAGCAUCAGUCUUGUUCGACUCUGUCGAAGCUCCCGAACGGCCUCCGAAACCCCUGCCACGCCGCAUCAACUCGGACCGCAGGCCGAGCCCUGUCCCUCCCGGCGCCGCCGCCGCCGCCCCCAUGUCCUCCAGCAACCCGCAGAUCAGCAGCGAGAUUGAGUUGCUCAUGAGCCAGGGCUACUCCCACCAGGACAUCCAGAAAGCUCUGAUGAUCGCGCAGAACAACAUCGAGAUGGCCAAGAAUAUCCUGCGUGAGUUUGUGUCCGUCCCUUCCACGGCACACAUCCUCACAUAGCAGCCCUUCCCGCUCCAGAGCGAGUCCGAUCUCUCCCUCUCUUUGCUCCAGGGCUGUCGUUCAUGCGUGAGGCGCAGACCCUAUCCAGCUCCUGCAUGCUGUUCGCCAGCAAGAGCAUCGUUCUUGAAGUCCGCCUCAUGGCAUUGCACAGCCACUGAGGCUUUUAGUCAAACCCAAGCAAGGACACGCUUUUUAUUUAUAUAUAUAUAUAUAUAUAUAUAUAUAUAUAUAUAUAUAUAUAUAUAUAUAUAAUGUAAUUUAUGAGUCCAUAUAGUUAAUAUAUACCCAUUUUAAGGAUGGCGAGGUUUAGGGGUCGGUCCAGAGUGAGUGAGAUGGCUGGGGAAAGGGAAGGACUCCUCUGUACUGCUGUUCUGUCGCGUGGAAAACUGCAGCUGAAUGUUUGCUGGUGUCAAAUUGUGUUGUUCUGGUACUUUCUUGAGGCGUUUUUGUCAUUUUCUAAAGUGGCAUGGCAUGAGUGACAGUCCCCCGUACUCCGACCUGAUACCGAUCUGAUGUAACAUCACGUACCGGUGAUGUGCCGUCGUUUUCAGGUGCGUGCGUGUUAGUAAUAUGGUUGUGUGAUGUCAGUGGACGCUGCCAGUUGAAAUUGGCUUUAACCAUCAUCAGUCACUUGCAUUGCCUCUGCUGCUGUGUAGCAUUACUGUAACUGAUUAUAUAUAUAGAUAUAUGUUUAUAACGCAGAAUUGGAUAUCGCAGCCUCUCGUGUGAAUCCCGUUACAUCCGACCCGGCGACGGUUUUUAGAUUUCCUGCUCCGGAAGCGCGGCCGUUUCCCGAAAGAAACCCGACGCCUUUCUCCGAGCCCUGAAGUGUCGUAAGCUUCGUUCUGUCUGUAUGUCGUUACUCUGAUGGUGACUGAAGGGCUUUUAUACGUGUGCUUUUUCUAGAGUGUUCAACAGAUUAGUGAGGAGUUGGACACAAAGUCCGAGGCAAGGAAGUGUUCGCUUGUACAGUUUCCGUGUUAAAUCAGGACUGAAGUCACGGCGAUUUCGGUGAGAUUUUGUCUGAAGCUGUUCAUCUAAGUGAUUAUUAUUAUUAUUAUUAUUGUUGUAUUACUUGUUUUUUUUUUAUUAUUAUUAUUAUUAUUAUUAUUAUUAAUUCAGAAGUGCUUUACUGCUGCUACUCUUGUUAGUGCUAAACAAUUAAGCCUUAAAUGUAUAUUUGUGAAUAUUGUGUUUAACCUGUUUUAAAGUGACAGUAUCUGUUCGGUUGAAUUUGAUUGAUUUAUGUAGCAUACUUGAACUUGUGAGCAGCUUGUGCAGCUCUGGGCCCAGGCAGGCUUCCGUCCAUUUUUUUUCUUUUUCUUUCCACUUCGGAAUCGCUUUGGGUUUCGUGUUCAGGGCGUAGAGACGUCGGCGCCGUCACUGGACGUACGUCACGUACGCAAAACGAGUAAAAGCAUACGGACGAACACAUCGUCGCAGAAAACCUCGUACUUGUUUUUUUUUCUUGGCGGUUUCGAGGUUUCAGUUGUUGGCUUAUCUCUCAAACAUGGGACGGUUUCAUGUUUGUCUCCCUCUUUCCCCCCCUUCCUCAGGAAUACUGUACAUCCACACAGACUCUAUCAGUAUUGAACGGGAAAUGAAAUGCACCCAUGUUCUUAUUCAGGGCAGAAGCACUGAAUGACUACUUUGAAGACUAAUUUCGACACGUCGAUUCAUUCAUGACGUCGGCUUUCCUCGGAUGUGCUCGGAAAUUGGACAAGCUGUCAGACGCACACUGCGUGCGUGUGCGUGUCGUACACGAUGAAAAUGGCGAAAUUGCUAGCUUAUGAAGCCCUGGAGGAAAUUGUUCACCUGUACAUGCUGUUUGGUUUGUUUGUUUUUUUCUUUCCCCUCCGAGAUAUUGCACUGGCAUAGCAGGUACUUCCGUAAUAUGAAGCUUGUAGGUACAACCUUGUUAACCAGAAAGGAAAAUGAUCUAGCAGGUUUUCUUUCUGACAUGGCAAGCAGGUGAUGAUUCCUAGUUCAGUAUUUUCGUUUGCACCAUGUGAAGUUUAGUUUUCAGAUCAGAGCUCUUUUUUUUUUUUUUUUUUUAAUUCUGUUUACUGUAUUUCUUGUCAAUGUUGUAUAUCGUGUGUGUGUGUGUGUGUGUGUUGCAAGAUUUCACACCGUAUACCAAUUUGUGCUCCGAUACUGUCACUUUAAAAUCAAGCGUAUAAAGUUACUUAUAUAUAGAAUAUGUGGAAACGGCUGUCCGAUUUCGUUUUGCAUUCCUGUACAUGUUUUUUUUGGUUUUUUUCCCCUGAUGUGAAUAAUACUGUGAGCAGUGCCAUAUGUCUAGAAAAUGUCCGAAAUGAUGUUCUGCUGCCCAGAUUAAGGCCUUGUGAACGAGCGAACGUGUCCUGGUGUAAGUGAUCUGUUGUGUUUUCACUCCGCCCCCAAAGUGUUGCUCAAUGCUUCUGAAGCUUUUGCAGUGACGUCAUGCUGAAUAGCUGUCGACUGGAACUUUAGACCACACGAGGGCGUGCUUUCCUCAUUUUGCAAGUGUUUUUCUUCUAUUUUUUUCUGACUCGUGUCACUUUGGACAGUGCUAUGCUGUCUGAUCAAACAAAGAGAAGCAAAGAUGAUGUCCUCAGUCUCUAAUUUUCGGUACUGUUCUGGUACAGAGGCUGGUACAGGUGUCCAACCGGUGCUGUAUGAGUAACCCUGUAAAAACACGAUGAUAACGUCUGCAUCGAAACAAAGCUUCAGGUGAACUGCUGAAUCUGGGUUUUAAAGAGGUCAGUGUUAAAAGGUAAACGUGCUGGAAGCGCAUGUCGUUUAACAUCAGACGCUCGUGAACGUUCUUCACCACCGUCAGUCAGUCGUCGCCUUUCAUAAGAAUCGAGCGCUCCGGACUCUCGGCCCUCCUCAACGCCGGGAGUCCGGCUCGGAGAUUUGCUUCACCUUCGUGAUCAUAAACUGCCGUCUCUUUCAGUGCCAUGAUCCUCACCGUUCUUCAGAAACGUGCGUCUUUUAGAGUUUAACACUCCUUUCAGUUACAGUAGGUUCGAUUAGCGAUGUGAUCUCUCAGCCUCUCACUGGAGGAAAUUGGUUGCACAAGUUCAUUUAAGGUUUUUUGUUGCAUUUUCUUCAUGUCAAAGCCAAAUAAGUUUGGAUAUAUUGUAUUAAAUAGACAUUUUUAUCUCACACACACACACACACACACACACACACACACAUAGUGUUGGGCCAACAAAUUUACACGUUUAGGAGAAAGAAAUGUUCUGUAAUAGUUUGAACGGAGCUACCAUUAUAAAUCAAGCAUUUCCAGACUGUGUGUGUGCGCGCGCUUUUUAAAGCAUCGUUGUAAAAACUGGAAAGCAUUAGAGUGCAAAUGAAAUAGGACACGUUCCCUCUCCCAGUCGCUUGUGUGUUGUUUCCUUUUGUCAAGAUAUAAAGACUAAUGAUAUUUAUUAAUGUUGAUGUACUCCAACCCAGAGAUCCCUCCUUCAUAAAAAUCACAAAUUUUGAAUUUCUGUUAUUAAAGCCAUUUUGAAAGAA